GUGGUAGUCAGCGGUAUUUUAUCGCACACAUAUGCAAAUUACUGUUGCAGAAAAAAAUUAAAUAUUCGGUAAAAAUGCGAUUUAAAACACACGAGGACAAAAAAGGCACACAAGCAUAAAUUGGACACAAACAAAAAAUGGACAAUUUUCCACCUGAAAGAAGAAAAUGCGUCGUUGUAACGAAAUGCAUGGGAUUUUGGUCGGUUUUUGAAUCGGGCGAUUGUUGAUUGUGGGAUGAUUGUUUUGAAUGCGUGUCAAGCAAAGUGAAAAUGUUGGCAAACGGAGAUGCAUACGUGGUUGAUGAUGUUGGUAAUAGAUGAGAGUGAGCGAGGCAGCGAGAUAGACAGAGACAAGAUAGAUCGCGAUAUGUGAGAGGGGACAACGACGAUGACGACGACGACGGCGGCGAAAAAAAUGGAAAUAUGGUACACGUUUAUAGGAAUGAGAGACGGCCUGUGGUGUGUACCUCACAGUGGCAGUAGCAGCACCGGAUUCUUUUCAACAACGAAGCGGUACACUAGCACAUUUGCAAAACUCGAACACGCAUACACACGCAUCUACACAUUUUAAAGCCCGACAACCAUCAAACACACGUUCACACACACACGCCUCGCAGUCACACAUACUCACACAGUCAUACAUGCACAUACAUUUCGAAAGUGUGUAUUCGGCAGUACAGUACUUAUGCGGUUUCAUUCUCUCUUCAGUCAAAUCUUCAUUUAUUGCUUGGAAGUCGAUAAGCGUCAACCAAGUGUUUUUCAAACUGGAUUCAUUGAUAAAAUAAUAUUCAAGACCGGAUUAUUUGGAUUACAGUACAUGUGACUGUGACGACUUGGAACGGAUCAGGACUCUUCUUUAUCAGUAGUAAUGCAAGCAGCAGUGAUGGAGGAAUCACAAAUCAACAAUAACAACAAUGAUAAUAACAUUGACAACAAUGCGUCGACAACAGCAGCGGCCGCACCAAUACGCACUUACGAAGAUCUAUUUCCGGCACUAAAGGCCUCAAAACCUCAAAAUCAUAUUAAUAAUGCUUCCACGAGCAAGAUGCGCGUUGAAAGUUCAACGGUGUCGAAAACGUUUGUCGUACCAUUCGAAGAGCGUAAAAUUGAUACGGAAAAAUUUGGCGAAGGUGAAUCGCAACGUAUUUGCAAAUCGAUUAUGAAGGAAACGGGUGCACUCAUCGAAAUCACCACCGGUAAAGAUCAAUCAAUUACAUUUUCGAUUCGUGGCCGUCAAAAUGAGGUGCAAGAUGCAUUCCGUUUGAUUUCAAUGAAUUAUAAAACGCAAACCGUUAAGCAAAUUAACAUCCCAAAGGAGCAUCACGGUUUGAUUUUGGGCAAACGUGGCGAACGUCUGAAGGAAAUUGAAAAGCAAAGUGCAACCAAAAUCAAUGUACCGAGCAUAUCCGAAGAGAGUGACAUCAUAACGAUUAGCGGACCAAAGGAGGGUGUUGAAAAGGCCGAACAUGAUAUUCGCACCAUGUCCGAUGAACAAUCGAAAAAAGCCUUCGAACGUGUGCAUGUGCCGAAAAUUUAUCAUCCAUUCGUUUUGGGGCCGGCAAAUGAGUAUUCAAAUGAUUUAGCAGCAAAAACGGGCGCCCGCAUCAAUGUUCCACCGCCAUCGGUGAUGCAGGACGAGAUCACGAUCAUCGGCGAAAAGGAUGGUGUGGCCAAAGCGAAGGCUGCUAUCGAAUCCAUUUAUCGUGAUAUGGAAAAGAAAUGCUCAACGGUGUGCGUUGAAGUGCCAAAAGCUCAACAUAAAUAUGUGUUCGGUCAACGUGGAUCGACCAUUCAAGAAAUCCUUCGUUUAACCGGCGUUUCCGUGGAGAUUCCGUCAUCGGACACCAAAUCCGAUACCAUCACGUUGCGUGGACCACAAGACAAGUUGGGCAUUGCAUUGAGUACGGUGUAUGAAAAGGCAAAUUCAAAACGUGCCACCCACAUCGAAGCACCCAAUUGGAUACACAAGUACAUUAUCGGUCGCAAAGGUGCCAACAUCAAUAAGAUCACCGCCGAUUAUGACAAGGUAUUGGUUGAUUUCAGUGAAAAUAUCAUCACACUGGAAGGACCACCCGAACAACUUGACUUGGUUGAGGACACCAUUGCUAAAAUCGUCAAAGACUAUGAAACACGUUUCACUUUCGUCGAUAUGACUGUGAAUCGCAAUCAUGCCAAACAUAUUAUCGGCAAAGCUGGCGCCAACAUCAAUCGCUUGAAGGAAGAACUCGAAGUGGAUAUUAACAUUGAAGAUGUGGCCGGCGAGAAUAACAUUCAUAUCGAGGGGCCGAUCGAAGGUGUACGUCGUGCAGCCAAGGAAAUCAAAGAAAAAGUCGAGAAAUUGGACAACGAAAAGGAAAAAGAUGUGAUCAUUGAUCAUCGAUUGCACAGCACUCUGAUCGGACCAAAGGGUGAAAGUAUUCGUGAAUUACGCCAAAAAUAUCCAUUGGUUAACAUUUUGAUUCCAAACUCAUCGGAACGUAAUGAUGUGGUUAAAUUGCGCGGUCCAAAGGAUGAGGUCGACAAAUGCCACAAACAAUUGUUGAAACUGGUUAAAGAUGCUCAAGAAUCGUCAUUCGUUAUGGAAGUGCCAAUUUUCAAGAGAUUCCAUAAAUUCAUCAUCGGCAAAGGUGGCGCAAAUAUUAAGAAAAUCCGCGACGAUACACAAACCAAGAUUGAAUUGCCAGCCGAAGGUGACAAAAAUGAAGUCAUUGUUAUUUCUGGUCGUAAGGAGAAUGUCAACGAUGCCCGUGAACGCAUUCUGAAAAUCCAGUCCGAAUUGGCCGAUGUGGUGACGGAAGAAUUGAUCAUUCCACCAAAAUACUACAAUUCAAUUAUCGGCGCCGGUGGCAAACUCAUUUCGUCCAUCAUCGAAGAGUGCGGCAAUGUGUCCAUCAAAUUCCCAAACACCGAAUCAAACAGCGACAAAGUUGUUAUUCGUGGCCCGAAGGAAGAUGUUGAAAAGGCCAAGCUCCAAUUGAUCGAAUUGAGCAAUGAACGUCAACAAUCGUCUUUCACCGCCGAAGUUCGUGCCAAACCGCAGCACCACAAAUUCCUGAUCGGCAAAAAUGGUGCAUCGAUCAAGGAGAUUCGCGAUCAAACCGGUGCUCGCAUCAUCUUCCCUGGAAAUAAUGACGAAGACAAAGAAGUCAUUACAAUCAUCGGCAAAGAGGAAAACGUUUUGGCUGCUAAGGCUCAACUUGAGGCAAUCAUUAAAAACAAUGAUAAUAUAACUGAAGGUGAAGUUUUGGUUGAUCCAAAGCAUCAUAAGCAUUUCGUGCAACGUCGUGGUGAAGUGCUGCGUCGCAUUUCCGAUGACUAUGGCGGUGUUUUAAUUUCAUUCCCUCGUCAAGGUACCGAAAGUCAUCAUGUUUCGUUGAAGGGUUCUAAAGAGUGUGUUGAGCUGGCCAAAAAGCGAAUUUUGGAAAUCGUUCAUGACUUGGAAUCUCAAGUGACAAUCGACUGCGUAAUUCCGCAAAAGCAUCAUCGUGUUGUGAUGGGUCCACGUGGCAGCAAGGUUCAGCAAAUAACAUACGAACACGAUGUGCACAUCAAAUUUCCGGAUCGUAAUGCCACCGAAGAGACGGGCGAAAUGAACGGUGAUUCGGCUGAAAUGAACGGUGAAGCGGUGCGUCAAUGCGAUAUCAUUCGUAUAUCGGGUACCGAAGAGAAAUGUGAGGCAGCCAAACGGGCAUUGCUUGAAUUGGUGCCAGUCACCGAAGAGGUGAAUGUUCCAUUUGAUAUUCAUCGUUGGAUUAUCGGUCAAAAUGGUCGUGAUGUGCGUGCGCUUAUGAAUCGUUUUGAUGUUCACAUUGAAUUGUCACCGCCCGAAGAGAAAUUAGAUAUAAUCAAGAUUACCGGUGCACCGAGCAGCAUUGCCGACGCAAAAAAAGCCAUCGACGAGCGUGUCGAAGAGUAUGAAGCGAAUCGCAAGGAUCGUGAGCUACGUUCAUUUGAAUUGAAAUUGGAAAUUGAUCCGAUUUGGCAUUCAAAGAUUAUCGGACGUAAGGGUGCCGUUAUCAAUAAAAUACGUGCCAAUCACGGUGUACAAAUUUCAUUUCCACGCAAAGAAGACGAAGUGGAUAAUGUAAUCACGAUUCAGGGUUAUGAAGCCGCUGCAAAUGCGGCCAAAGAUGAGAUCAUGAAAAUUUACAAUGAUUUAAAUGAUUUGGUGCGCGAAGUGAUUAGCGUUGAUUCACGCAUCCAUGCCCGUUUGAUUGGUCAACGUGGCCGAAACAUUCAUAAAAUUAUGGAUGAAUACAAAGUGGAAAUUAAAUUCCCAAAACAAGGUGAAAAUCCGGAUGAGAUCACCAUUAUUGGUGCACCCGAUGCGGUUAGCGAGGCCAAGGAUCAUAUUCUCAAUUUGGAAGAGGAGUAUUUGGAGGAUAUUGCCGAUGCACCAACUCAUACGCAUGACUUUAGCACCGCACUUGAGACGGCCAUGCAAAAGGGACCGGAAAAGAGUAAAGAAGGUUUCGUUGUACAAGGUGCACCAUGGACCAAACAAAAAGGCAGCAAAAAUGCACCAAAUACACAAUCUCAAGAAGAUUUCCCCACAUUCGGUGGUCUCGCUCAAAAUGCUGGCAAUGUCACGAGCAGUGACACCCCACUCUCCUCUGUCUGGGGACAACCGCGCUAAAUUCGUUAACACAACACACACACACACAACAUACACCAGAACCCCGCCGCCAGCUAUCGCUCAUUUGCAACCACUCGUUCGCUCAACCAGUGCACGAGCGAGCACACAACGAAUUUACCGCUGCCAACAAUAAAAACCAGAGCGCAUCAAAAACAAAAGAAAAAACCUAUAACAACUAAGAGAGAAUAAAACAAAACAAAAAAAAAAUCAUUUAAAAAAGCAACCACAAAAAAAUCCGAAUUAAAAUAUUAUUGCAAUAUAUCUUACUCUUUCCUUUUCUACAAAACAAUUUUUUUUAAUGAAUGAAGAAGAAAAAAAAAACUAAACAUAAUUUUAUCGCUCAGAGUUUAUCUCGUUUUUUUUUGUUUCCAAUCGAAAACGAAUCAUAUAUUAUAUCAAUUGUUUAUUUUUCCCACUCCAUUUUUUUCGAUAUACUAGUUUUUUGUUGUUGUUGUUUAAAUACUUGGUCUACUUUUCUUUAUGCAUGAAAGAAAGAGAAAGAAAAAGAUAGAGAACAAGAGACAGACAGACAGACACACACACACACACACAUACAUUAGAAAAUAUGAUAUUUUCUUCUUUUUUUUGCUUUUCAAUUUAGUUUAAUUUUGUAUACGAUGGAAGAAUGGAAUAGAGAAAAAAACAAGAAUAAUAGAGAGAAAAACAGAGAAAAACAAAACAAAAGAAAAUCUAUUCAAUUGCAUUGGAUAAGGGAGUCUAAUAUCAUUGCAAGUAAAUGAUAAGGAAAUACAAACAAACAAAUUGUUAUCGAAAACUCGAAUAAUGGUUAAAUUUUAAAAAAAUACAUCGUAAAAAUUUUCAUUGUUAUGGAAUUUAUACAACGUAUAAUAUAUUCGGCCGCCGAAAUAUCAACUGGUCAGUUGAGCUUAA